AUGCCAGGCCCAGCCCUCUUUUUUUGGCCCUUUUUUCCCUCUUCAACAUGCUCAUCAUUUGUAAGUUGGGUCGAGCUACGACGCCGAAGUGGCCGCUUGCGUUCCACCCCCCGGCACGCCAACCAGGCAACACGAUGUCAUGGCCGGGAAACCAGAGCAAGCUCUGUCCGGAGACUCGAGAGCUUCGGCCGAGCCACACACGUUCCAGAAAUCCCAUUUCCGCCUACAAGCCCCAUCUCCCGGCCCUGCACACGCUUCUUUGAGCUGGAUUCUUCCUCGGCGUUACGACUCGACGCGUUCCAAGCCCAUCCUUCCCCUAGGUACUCUUCAGUGGAACCCAAGUGGCCCAUCCAAGACUCAUCAGCCAUGUAA